AUGGAGCUCGCCAUGCUGGCCAUCCGCCCUCUCCUCCCGAAGCUGGGGGGCCUGCUCGCAGGCGAGUUCACCCUAGAGAAGCGUGUGAGGAAAGGCGUCGACACCCUCAACAAGGAGCUGAAGCUGAUGCACGCCGCCCUCCACAAGGUGGCCAAAGUGCCGCCGGAGCAGCUCGACGAGGGGGUCAAGAUUUGGGCAGGCAUGGUGAGAGACCUGGCCCACCAAAUGGAGGACAUCAUCGAUGCAUUCAUCUUGCGCGUCGACGAUGGCGGUGGACCUACCAACUCCAAGAAUAGAGUGAAGAAGUUACUUAAGAAGACAUCCAAAUUAUUCAAGCAGGGUAAAGAUCUCCAUCGAAUCUCCGAUGCUCUAGAAGACGCGGUUGGGCAGGCUAAACAGCUUGCUGAGUUGCGCCAAAGGUACAAGCUCGAGACACCGGAUAUGCACGAGAUGGAGACAUGGGAUACGGGUGCUGGUGCAAGCAUUGACCCUCGCACGAUGGCUCUUUACACAGAUGUGACAGAGCUCAAUGGAAUUGAAGAACCACGAGAUGAGUUGAUCAACAUGCUAUUUCAAGGUGAUGCUUGGUCAAAAGGUCUUCUGAAAACAGUCUCUGUUGUUGGUUUUGGUGGGUUAGGAAAGACAACUCUUGCCAGAACAGUGUAUGGCAAGAUCAAAGUGCAAUUUGAUUGUGGUGCUUUUGUUUCGGUUUCUCAGAAUCCCGACAUGAAGAAAAUCUUUAAGGAUAUUCUUUUUGAGCUCGACAAGAAGGCAUAUUCAAACAUAUAUGAUACAACACGAGAAGAAAAGCAUCUCAUUGAUGAACUCAUUGAAUUCCUCCAUGGCAAAAGGUACCUCAUUGUAAUUGAUGACAUAUGGGAUGGUAAACUGUGGCAAUUAAUCAAGUGUGCUUUCUCCAGUAACAGUCUCGGAAGUCGAUUAAUCACAACAACCCGCAUCCUUAGUGUCGCUGAAGCAUGUUGCUCUUCCACUCAUGAUAUUUAUAGAAUGAAACCUCUUUCAGAUGAUGUGUCAAGAAGGCUCUUCUGUAGAAGAAUAUUUUCUGCCGGUGAAGGAUGUCCUCAUGAAUUGGUACAAGUAUCCAACCACAUCUUGAAGAAAUGUGGUGGAAUACCAUUAGCUGUUAUCACUGUAGCAAGUCUUCUAGCUAGUAAUAACAGGUUGAAAGAAAAAGACCAAUGGGAUACUGUGCUCGAUUCCAUUGGACGUGGACUCACAGAAGACCAUAGUGUAAAGGAGAUGAAGAAGAUAUUAUUACUCAGCUACGAUGAUCUACCUUCUUAUCUUAAGCCAUGCUUAUUAUAUCUAAGUGUCUUUCCAGAUGAUCACAUGAUUAAGAGACGCAAUCUGAUAUUGAAAUGGAUAUCAGAAGGUUUUGUUAAUAGUGAACAAGAAGGAACUAGCUUAUAUGAGCUUGGUGACAGCUACUUCAAUGAGCUAGUAAAUAGAAGUAUGAUCCAGCCAAUAGGCAUUGAUAAUGAAGAAAAGGUAAAAGCGUGUCGUGUACAUGACAUGGUGCUUGAUCUCUUAUGUUCAUUGGCAAGUGAAGAGAACUUUGUCACUAUAUUGGAUGGUACCGAGAGAAAAAUGCCUAACUCGCAAAGCAAGGUCCGAAGAUUGUCAAUCCAAAAUAUCAAUGUAGAUGUGACUACCAUCAGUCUGGCACAAGUAAGAUCUAUUGAUGUUUUCACACAUGAUACUGUUGACAAACUUCUGAACACGUCAAGUUGUGAAGUUCUACGUGUGUUGGAUUUACAUUAUCCUUUUCCAGAUACUAGUAAACUUUUGCAUUUGAGGUACCUACGACUGAAUCAUCGUUACCUUCAGAAGUUUCCAAUGGAUAUGGGAAAGCUGCAGUUUUUGCAAGUCCUUGAUGUUAGUAAAACAAGAAUAGAAGAAAUGCCAUCAAGUGUUCUUCGGCUAAGGAGGUUGAUGUACCUGCGUAUCGAUGAAUCAAUGAAGCUCAUGCCUGGGAUUGGUAACUUGACUUCUUUGGAAGUGCUAGAUGGACCAAAACUGGGCAAGUUUUAUUGGGGUAGUGUCAAUGACCAUCUUGUGAAAGAGCUGGGCACUCUGACCAAGAUAGAGAAAUGA